AUGGCAUUCACAGUGCUGUCCGACGAGGACGUCAAACAACUAUUCCAGAACUUCGGCCCCGAAGAUGUCUCGCACAUGUCCGAUGUUCUCACCGACGCGUUUCUGUCCUACUCCGUGGGCCAGGAAGCGCAAUUUCAGCCCCACCGCGCCGCCGUCGUCCGCCCCGACGGCACGACGGGCCUCUUCAUGCCCGCGACAAUGGAGGGCGGCAUGUCCGUCAAAAUCGUCGGCCUCCCACCGCCGAAAAACAGCUCCAGCGGCCUCCGUUGCGUUCUCACCGUUUGCGACGGCACGGGAAAAGCCGUCGGCAUCAUCAACGCGGAGGAGCUCACGGCGUUUCGGACCUCGCUCGGUUCUGUCCUUCUGUACCGCUAUCGCAAGCAGACGGAAAAGAUUGUAGUGUUUGGUGCCGGCAAGCAGGCUUUGUGGCACCUGCGGCUCGCGCUGGUACUUCGCGGCAAGGACAUCAAGAGCAUCACCGUGGUGAACCGUUCCGAGGCCCGGGCUCGUCAGCUAAUUGAAAGGCUUCAGAAGAUGAGCGCUGCCAGCGGCGUGGGAGAUUGCUCCGCAGUGGAUUUCUCCAUCAUCGAAGCCGCGCCCGGUAGCACACCCGCCGACGGGAGUGGCCUGCGCUCUGCUGUCGAGGAGAGCGACGUCAUCUUCUGCACCACGCCGUCUACCGAGCGUCUGUUCCCCGCGGAAUGGUUGACUUCGGACCGCGCCCGGGCAAAGACGCGGUACAUUGCCGCCAUUGGGUCCUACAAGCUCAAUAUGAAGGAGAUUGACCCCGAUUUCCUUCGCGCAAUGAUCGAUACGCCUCUGGGCUCAUUUACUGCAUCUCAGGGUGAGAACAAGGACGGCGUCAUCUUCGUAGAUAGCCGCGAGGCUUGCUUCCUGGAGGCAGGCGAGCUUGUGGAGGCUGAGGUCCCCGCGGAGAAGAUCAUCGAGGUUGGUGAGUUCACCGAGCGAUUGAGGAAGGCCGGCGAGACUGAGGCGAAUGCGCUGCGUGAAUGGCUUGAGAACGGUCUUAUCGUUUACAAGAGUGUUGGAAUUGGCAUCAUGGACUUGUCGCUAGGAAAGGUCAUUCUGGAGUUGGCGGGAAAGCACAAGGUGGGCACAACACUUGAGAAGUUCUAG